AGUCCUCUCGACUCCUUCUUCCGUCGUAUCACUUCGGUCUCAUGUCUGAUGCUAUUCAUAAAGCAGAGAAGUCAAAUAAUCAUCCUCAGCCUCUUCCUCUUCAUCCAUUUCAUCCCAAAAUAAGAUAAUCUUUAGGGGCAAGUGGUAACGCAGAUACCUCUGCUGCUCAGGGGUUUUUCUUGGAGAUCGUUUUGAGACUAUCAAACCGAGUAAUUUGAUAUAGGAAGCUAUUUAGGAUAUUUGGAAGUUCGGUUCAACAUAGAGGGACUUUGUAUUGAUUGUUCAUGAGAAGCUCUGCAUGUGAUGGUAACUAUGGAUUCAAGACUGAACUUUUUACUACUUGUGCUGGUAAUCAGCUUUGUCUCUACAAAUGCCAGGAGUUUGGUCACCUUAGAUGACUUUGUUGUGCAGAUGGAUAACAAGGUACAGAAUGAAAGUAACAUUGGCAGGAAUGAACAAUUUUGCACACUGUGUGAAGAGUAUACUUCCCAGGUUAUAAACUAUCUUGGUGAAAAUGAGACUCAAGCACAUAUUAUUAGUACACUUCACAAAGCAUGUUCCCAAAUGCAUUUUCUCAAACAACAGUGUAUUUCGUUGGUUGAUCACUAUGCGCCAUUGUUUUUCUUGGAACUUUCCACAAUAACACCAGAGCAGUUAUGUGAAAAAGCGAAUCUGUGUGGGGAGACUGUGCUGGUGAAUCUGCCAAAGAGUUCUGAUUUCUGCACCCUUUGCCAUAAUAUUGUCAAGGAGAUUCUUACCAAACUAGAAGAUCCUGAUACUCAGCUCGAGGUGAUCAAGAUGCUAAUGAAGGGCUGCGAGGAAGUUGGGAGUUAUGUUCAACAGUGCAAGAAACUGGUAUUGCAAUAUGUCCCACCAAUCCUGAUCAAUGCCGAGAAAUUUCUUGAGACAACUGAUGUCUGCACUGCCAUCUAUGCAUGCAAGAACAGUGAAGAUCACAUCACAUCCACACUUGCUGAUAUGUGAACUAUGAAAGCAAAGAGGCCCGAGGGAAUUGGCUGCAAAUAAGCAUUGUAAUCACCGUAGUUGUGCAAUGAACUGUACCUUCAACAAACAUUGCAGAUCUAAGAAAAAAAAAUUGGAUAAUUAUACAACAGUGUAUCUUGAUCCAUGGCCAUCAGAUUGGGCGCUUGUAACACUUGAUUUCUCAUGUAUUCUGCUGCUCAACUUCUCUUUCUCUUUCUUCAUAGUAUGUAUAUGAUUAGAUAGUUAUCAUCAAUGAAAUUGUGUUUGCUCCAGACUUGA